GGGGAACUCGGAGAGGGAAGGCGGGGAUAAAAGCCAGCCGGCUCCGGAGGGGAAUUGCGGGCACAGCGGCGGAUUUUGAUCGGGGAAGUAACUUUUGGGCGACCUCGGAUUCCGGCUCGGGAGAAACUUCCUCGGCGCCCCCUCGGAGCUCGGGGCCGCGCGCCGGAGCCAGACCCGCCUCCUCACACCUCGGGAGCGAAGGGAGCGAACGGCCGGCUGGCGUCGUCCCGGCGAGGAGAGCCAAGUCGCGGAGGCCAUGCGGGCGCCGCGACCCCGGAGCUGAGGAGGAGCCGUCCGCGUCCUUUGGGGGCUUCUCCUGCGCCGCAGCCGCAGCCGGAGAACGACUGACGCAAAGCGAGAGAGCGAGCGGGGUUUUACACGGAACAAGCAUGAAGCCGCUACGGAGCCUCCUUUCCUGGGUGAGCCUGCUGGCCCUCAGCCGGACCGUCUGCCUCAGCGCUUCUCAGUCAGUUUGUGCUGGCACUGAGAACAAAUUGAGCUCUCUGUCUGACCUUGAGCAACAGUAUCGUACAUUGCGAAAAUAUUAUGAGAACUGUGAAGUAGUAAUGGGUAAUCUAGAAAUCACCAGCAUUGAACAUAACCGAGAUCUCUCCUUUUUACGGUCCAUCAGAGAAGUGACUGGCUAUGUCUUGGUAGCGCUGAAUCAGUUUGAAUACCUUCCUUUGGAAAAUCUGCGGAUCAUUCGUGGAACAAAACUAUAUGAAGACCGUUCUGCACUGGCCAUCUUCCUCAAUUACAAAAAAGAUGGGAGUUUUGGACUGAGGCGGCUUGGGCUGAAGAAUUUGACAGAAAUCUUAAAUGGAGGAGUGUAUGUUGGCCAGAACAGAUUUCUUUGCUACGCAAACACCAUUCAGUGGGAAGAUAUUGAUCGCAACCCUAUAGCUUCCAAUUUCUCUGUGGUUCCAAAAAACAGUAGCACAGAUUGUGGACAGUGUCACAAAUCCUGUGGAAAUCGAUGUUGGGGACCUUCAGCAGAUGAGUGCCAAAGUUUAACAAAAGUGGUGUGUGCAGAGCAGUGUGAUGGGCGAUGCUAUGGACGAUCGGUCAGCGAAUGUUGUCAUCGAGAAUGUGCAGGAGGCUGUUCCGGACCUAAAGACACGGACUGCUUCGCCUGCAUGAACUUCAAUGACAGUGGCGCCUGUGUCACCCAAUGCCCACAGACUUCAGUCUACAAUCCUGCCACCUUCCAGAUGGAAACCAAUCGAGAUGGCAAAUAUACUUAUGGCGCCUUUUGUGUCAAAAAGUGUCCACACAACUUUGUGGUUGAUAUCAGCUCGUGUGUACGUGCGUGUCCGAGUCCCAAGAUGGAAGUAGAGGAAAAUGGAAUUAAAACAUGUAAACCAUGCACUGACAUUUGCCCUAAAGCUUGUGAUGGCAUAGGUACAGGAAGUUUGAUGUAUGCUCAAACUGUGGACUCCAGUAACAUUGAUAAAUUUAUCAACUGCACCAAGAUCAAUGGGAACUUGAUCUUCCUUGUCACUGGAAUUCAUGGAGAGACCCUAAUCAGACUUCGAGAUUUCAUUUCAGAAAUGAGAAUAUUCACGUUCUACGCCUUGUCAAUCAUUACUCCAACUUCCCCUCAAGGGCGGGAAAAGCGACAUGGCUGGUUGUGA